GUAAUUAGAAAAUUGACUUAGUUCGAAUUGAUAAAGUGAUACAUAAAAUGAAAAUGAUUUGGAAUAAGAUAAUUUUUUUUAUCAAAUUUAGUUUGAGACAGUCAUAAGUGAGAUUGUGAGACGUAUCAAAGAGGAAAUAUGAGACAAUCUUAGUGACACAGAAAGGUAUCGCGUAUAUUAUUGUCAAUAGAAACUUAUACGGAAUGUAAAAUAACUCUUCAAAGAGUCUAAUUUGAACUAAUAUUCAUCCCGCUGGCUUAUGAUUUAUUUAAGUGCGAAUUAUUGUUUAAAAAGCCUCAUUUUCUUUACUACAAGCUCUAUAAUUACCAUAUUUUUGGGCAUGCAUUUUUGUAUAUAUUCUUCUAUAAAUGAGUUUCAACAACUAAACUUCUAUCUUCUUAAGCACAAUGCUGAUCAAAAGAGAGACUUAAGAGGAGAUAACGAAUAAGGGAUACCACAGAUAGAAACUUUUUACAAUCUCUAUAAAAAGGCAUAUAUAUUUUAUCAAUUAAAAAAUCUCUUUUAUGAGAAUCUAUUCGAUUCUUAUCGUUGAAGGGAAAGCAUUUUCAUAGCCUUGUAGAGUAAGGGAAGCAGAGAGGUUAGUUUUUCUUAUCUUUACGAAUUUAUCAAUUUAUGCUAUUGUAUAAUAUUCCGUAUAGUAAUAAGAAGUAAUAUUUAGAAUAUACUUUCAUUUAACUAUGAUUUUAUUCGUGGAAUUGCUUUGGAGAUUUAAUUUGUAAGACAUCAAACAGAGGACAGCAGAGAAAUAUCCAAACUAACUCAAUUCCAGAUUUCCAGGGAUACAGUUUGCUAAUUUGUGGGUCUAGGGGAGAACUUAAUUUUCUAAAAUGUUGUAAUAGUGAUUGAGCAAAAUGUUGAAAGUUUUGAAGAAUAGAAAGCAUAUUCUGCAUGCACAUCUAAAAACAUGGUGUUCAGCUUUUAAGUGAAGCAACAUAUAUAUUUAUAUAAUAAUUAUAUACAUAGUAUGUUGUAAGGUGGGGUGGGUGAGGCAAUCCCAGGUUUUUACACAGUUUUCUUUGCAAUUAGUUUUUCCAAACAAUGAUUUAAUUACAAUAAUCACCUCAUUGCUUCUAAUGUGAACAAAGCAUCUAAAAUUUAAUCAAAUUAGUGGAGCCAAAAUGCUAUCAUUGAUCAUAUACUAGCAAUGCUGUCUUCUUACUUGACCUUUGAUUACAACUUUAUUUUCCUAUUUAUGAAGAUUUCAUCUCAGUGAGAAGAUCAUGGGGGGAGAAGAUGCAAUUAGAACUGUAGAAUGCCUUAGAGGGAGAUUACAAGCAGAAAGAGUUGCUUCAAGAAAUGCUAAAGAAGAUGCUUAUUUAAUGGAAACCAAGUUAACUGAGCUGGAAGCUAGGUUGAAAGAAGAGAAUAAGUCGAGAAACCGAGCCGAAAAAAGGUUUAAGUACCUAAUGAAGAAGCUUGAGUCAAUCAACAUAUCAUUAACAUCAUCAGAUGAAUCAGAGAAUUGGAGUUUGACGGUGGGCAGUGAAGAUUCCUCUGCAUCAAACACAGCCUGUUCUAGCUCAAAAGUAUCAGAAGAUACGACGCUCCAAUUCGAGGCUGUAUCAUCUUCCACGGAUGAUUCUCAAGAAGCAAUUGAUAAUGCUAAAGCAGAAAAUGAGAGUUUAAGCUCACCGGGUGAAGAAGACACUGGGAAAUCAGUUGAACAUGGAUUCAUUGAAAGGAAGGAUCUUCCAAUGAGGGAUGACAAUAGCUUGGAAGUUGCAUUUGAAAAGAGCGAGAUGAACGGAUCAGAUAGAGAAGAGAACACUGACAACUCAUUGGCAUUAGUUCGUGUUUGUUUACCAAAUCCAAAAAAAACAUUUGAUAUAGCUGUUCUUGAUCCAACUGUAAAAGAUGUUCUUGAUUCUCUGAGGCAUGCCAAAGAAAAACUUCAAAACAUGUUGGAGAGACAACUCAUGAUUUAGAGCCGGGUAGAUACUAAGAACAUAGCGUAUAUACAAAAGAAGAGAGCCAAAAUCCAUAUCUCAUGGUCUGUCUUUGCAGUGUAUCAUUAGAAGAGGUUAGAGGGAAAUGUGGACAUUGGUUUCUAAUUGUUUCAAUUACUAGCUUGGACAUAGUAAUAAAGUAAGUCUCUCUGACUGGUUCAUCCAUUGAUCAAUGUAUAUAGUUAUGUUUCUUAAUCGUGUCUUUAUUUUCAUUGUUUCUGUUGCUUAUUUGGAAUAGGG